AUGGCUGUCACCGGAGACCGGUUCAACCCCACCCUCGGUGGGAACUUGUCCUCCAGCGAUUCCACCCCCGGGAACCUCGGCUUCCAGCGGCCAGCCUCCGUCAUCUUGUCCUUGAUCUUCUACACCAUCAGCUUCCUGCUGGGCGUCCCCGGCAACGGCGCGGUCGUCUGGGUGACGGGCUUCAAGAUGAAGAGGAACGUCCACACGGUGUGUUUCCUGAACCUGGCUGUGGCGGACCUGACCUACUGCCUCACCCUCCCCUUGCAGCUGGCCGGCUUCUCGGUUGAAUCCUGGCGCCGAGACCACCUCCUCCAGAUGUUCCUCCUCUGUGCCGUCAAUAUUAACAUGUCCUCCAGCAUCUUCCUGUUGACCCUGAUCAGCAUCUCUCGCUGCCUGGCCGUCACUCGGCCCAUCUGGUUCCUCCAACACCUGCGCCUGGCUUGGGUGCGUGCGGCUUGCUAUGGGGCCUGGGGCCUGGCCUUCCUCACCUGCCUGCCUUACUUGCUGAGUCCGCAGAUUUUCCCGUAUCUCGGGAUAAAGAUCUCGGCCGCGUUCCUGCUGACUCGCGUUGUCUUCACCUUCUGCCUCCCCGUUGUGAUCAUGGCCGCCUGCUACCUCCUGAUUUGCCGGGAGCUGCGCUGGGACCGGUUCGCCCAGUCCAGGAAGCCCGUCCGCCUCAUCGUGACCGUGGUGGCGGCCUUUAUCGUCUGCUGGCUUCCUAUCACUGUUUGCCGCCUUUUCCUGGCCUUCUCUCAACCCGUUCCCUUGGACUUGAUAGUCAUCGCCUUCGCAAUAGCCUCCUUCAACAGCGCCCUCAACCCCCUUCUCUACGUCUUCGUCGGCCGCGACUUCCGCCAGGUCUUCAGGCGCUCCCUGGCCGCCUCGCUCCGCCUGGCCUUCACUGAGGAGAGAGUCAGAGUUGGGGAACGUCCCUCAGACCCCACCUCGUGGAAUCUGGGCCGACAAACGACCCCUGACGACGGUGAAGGAGGACGUUCGGCCGCGUCGGGCGUGUCCCCAUGGUGUGGGUUCACGCAGCACUCGUGGACUGACGUCUGUUCAGGGGUCCUGAGGCCAGCCGAGAUCAUAUUGACUGACGAGGGAGGUUCAAAGGGCUCAGUGCCUCGUCCUAUGUCCUUGUGUUUGGAGAGUCUACAGGAGGAAUCGAAAAUAAAAUAUUAA